GUUGCCAUUAGCCUUUAUUGCCUUUCACUUUCCCUCUUCUCUUUCCCCCAAAUUCAUUUUUCGUUUUUUCCCGAUCGCACUUCUUCUCAAAGGGUUUCGUAUUGCUUUACAUUUCGCAAUCCAACAGACGUUUCUGGGUUUUACAUCAAGAGAUGGGUCAGAUCCAGUACUCGGACAAAUAUUUCGAUGAUACUUUUGAGUACAGGCACGUCGUGCUUCCUCCAGAAGUGGCUAAGCUUCUACCGAAGAAUCGUAUUCUCUCUGAAAGCGAGUGGCGCGCGAUAGGAGUGCAGCAAAGCCGUGGAUGGGUCCAUUACGCAAUUCACCGUCCUGAGCCACACAUCAUGCUCUUUAGGAGGCCUCUCAACUACCAACAGGAGAACCAAGCUCAGAACGUGAUUGCUAAGUAAAAAAAUUAUGCGUAAUUCUCCUAAGUUUCUGUUUAUGUCUCUCGUAAACAAGGUUCUAUAAACAGUCUGCUGCUACAUUCCCUUAGUUUUUAUGUUCAUGAGUUCACUUCAGUGGAAUUAUGUGAGUUGUUAGAACUACUGUUUUUUUAUGUUAUGUGUAAAAGUCUGGUUCUUUGCUAGACUUUUGUUUGAAUUCACGUUAAAAUAUUCUCAUGGUUAAGUCGUUAUUUCUCUUG